UCAAGGGGAGGAGAUUAGAAAUAGCAAGUCGGCGAUCGGGAACACACAAAGUGCACUGGCUGUAAUAGUGGGUGUCUUGUAUUGUUUCCUCAAUUAGCAUUUUCUUUAUUCCAUUUUUUUUCCUGUGCUCUAAAAGUUUUGAGGCUUAAAGAGCAAAGGCAUGGCGGCCGGGCGGUUGGCUGCGGCGGCGCUGCAGGUGCUCAGAGCCGUGUCCGUUGAGCCCGUGAUGCUGGUGGACGGGGCGUGCAAUCAGGCCAUGCUUCUCUUCAUCGAGAACGUUCAGCUAAACAAAAUCUGUUCCGUCAACCUUGGAUUCCCAGAUCAGGUGUGUAACAACUUGUCCGCUUAUCCCGAGGAAGAUGUUUUAGUCCAAAGAGAGUUCAGCCUCUUCGCUUUUUACAACAGCAUCAUAAUGUCGGCCAUUCCGCUAAUCUUCGUACUGUUCAUGGGAGCGUGGAGUGAUAAAUAUGGCAGAAAGAUCCCCUUGCUGUGGACACUCAUUGGCCAUGUGUUGUAUGCUGGAGGAUAUCUUUUGUGCAACUGGCAGACGUCUUGGCCCGUUGAGGUGAUCUACUUCGUGACUUUCCUCGAGGCUUUGGGCGGCGCCAACGUGGGUCUCUUGUCCACUGUCACCAGUUACAUUAGUGACAUCUGUUCAGAGAAAUCUCGCACCUUUCGCGUCAGUACAGCUCAUUCUGUGUGGUACCUUGGGGGUCCUGUGGGUACGCUGCUUGGGGCGUUGGUCAUCAAGUACGGCGGCUACAACUUAGCUCUCCUGCUGGUUCUGCUGGCCUACCUCUCGGCCGUCCUGUACGUGGUGUUCGUCAUCAAAGAAUCGCACGGACCUUUCGCCAAGACAAAUUUGCAGCCCCAUGAAUCAGCCAAGCAAGAAGCAAGUCUCGACAGCAAGGAUGUGUCCAAACUGCGCAUGGCGUCCGAUUUCUUCAACUGGCGGCGUGUGGUCGAAUCCUUCAAGACGGCGUUCAGACGGCGCGAGGGCAAUACUCGCAUGUUUAUCAUGGCCAUGCUCCUGAGUAACAUGCUCCGCCGCGUAGCUAGAGGUUUUUUUAUGUACAUGUUCGUGCGCCGUGUUCUGAGCUGGGAGGCCACCGAUUACGGCUACUGGGUCACCUAUAGGAACCUGCUUGCGGCCAUCGGUUCGCUGUUUCUGGUGCCGGUCCUUACCAAGAUGCUGUCUGCCACCGACGCCUCGCUGGCUGUGGUGGGCGCCCUUUCUACCCUCAGUGAAUAUACUUGCUACAGUCUCGUCAGCGGCGUGGCUCAGACGUUCCUCAUGUGGCUCGGACCUCCGAUCGGAAUUAUCUCCAACGCCCUCGUCAUUGCCAUUAGAUCCAUGUCUACUAAACUUGUUGGAAAAGAGGAAAAAGGUCGCAUCAGCGCUGUCAUGGCCGCCACGAACGGGCUGAUGCCCAUGGUCGCCUACGCCGCCUAUUCCCCCAUUUACUACACGACAGUCGACACCUUGCCAGCUGCCCAGUUCUUCUUCGGGGCCUCACUCAACAUGCUUAUUAUGAUCAUAUUCAUAAUCGUUCAGUUAAAGAAUAUAUCGUCGGGAAAAAAUAUAGAAGUCGGCCAGAAUAGCGACAGGAGUCUAUUCAAGGUAUUCAAGAACAGGUCUGCAAUCACUCUGAAAUCUAUGGAAAUAAAUCUGACUAAAUCAAAACGUCAAUUUGAGAUGUCUUCAAAGAAGGAUAGUCAACAUCGAAUUCAUAAAGUUCAGGCAUUCGAGGAGCUUUCAUCCAACGUUAAGAACACAUCCGAAUUACCUGUGGAGCGAACCUGUGUUCCAGUGACCGCUGGCGAUGACGGGAAGGGAAGGAAAGAUGAUUCAAACAAGAAUUGUAAAACUACUUUCUCGGUUCACGAGGCUGACGGCAGAUCAGUGAAGAAGGCUGUCCUCGGUCAUGGUAUUGUAUCGGAGUCAAGUUGGGAGGAAAAUCACGAAAAGGUGUCAUGUGGUGGGAGUGCAUGCAAGGAAAGACUUUGUCCCAGAAGUAGAACGAAGAGUUGCCACGCGGGUUGUUAUAGCAACGAAAUGAGUGAUACAGAAAUUACUGCUUCGGAGUCAUAAGUGAAUCAAGGAAGAAAGGAAAAAUAAAAAUGAUACAUUGACAGAUAUUCCAAACAGUUUAGUGUGACAUACACAGAGGAGGAGGAAUUAAAAUUAAUCAUUAGUAAUUCUGAUGUUCGAUAAUACAUCUUCACCUGAAUUACAUUAUUCAAAAGUGAAGUCAGUUAUGAUUAACUGGA